GGUGAGUCAAAAAUGCUGACAAACUCUGGAUGGAGAUGUGUAAAUAUACCUACUUUGCCCCCCUGUCCCGAAGGUCUUGACUCUAUCGAAACACCGAUAGGAAGGAUGUGCCAGUAUACGGGCCAAGAAGCUCCAAGGCCCUGGUGUCCCCAUGGUCAGGAGGCAGUCAUAUCCCGUAAUGGGUACACUUGUGAGGAUGUCCAAACUACCCAGAUGCCCCUACAGGAUUGUUCCCCUGGUUUCAUCUCAUUGGAUACGACUGAAGGACAAAGGUGUAUAAAGGACCCUUCUAUAAAACUAGGUUCAAUUUCCUGUCCAGAGGGGUUCCUGUUGCAACUUGGUGAAUGCCGGGCCGUGGAUGAAAUUAAUUACGGCGGUGGAGAGCCGUGCCCCCUAGGACAAAAGGCAGUAAGUACUAACAAUGGUCAAAUAUGCCAGUAUCGUACGAGAAGUAACAUUGAAAACGGUAAUAGUCCGCAUGGAACAACUAGUAACCAUCAAAGAAAUCAGGGCAAUCACGAUUUAUUACUUAACAACCCCGAUACCUCAAUUAAUCACAAUGAUUAUGAUGAUAGAGGACAAGACAAAUUCCACAGAACGACUGAUAGUAAAUAUCCCGAUUCAAACAUAUUCGCUGAGGACAUAUCCACAAAGUGUCCCCAGGGACAAAUAUUGACCCAGAAACGAUCAGGGUUCCUCUGUGAUGUGACAACGGUAGAUGUAUCAGAUUGGAUAUGUUCCCCAGGGGAGGUAAUCGUGCAGUUAACAUCUGAGCUCGCCUGUGUGAAAGACACCCAUACUACCAUUGUCUGCAGAAAUGAAUUCGAACUUGGAUGGAGUAAUACAGAUCAGGAGUUUACCUGUGUUCAUUCUUCUACCUCUCAAACGGAAAACAUACCCUUGACAACACAACCACCUGUACUUCCCAAUAUGCCACAGGUACCCGCAUAUAGGAAGGGUUCACUAUCAUGCGAGAUAGGUGAGGUUCAGGUCAUAGACGACGAUGGUCGACGAUGUGUUGUCAUGGAAACUGAUGACGGGUUAUGUGGCGAUACCUAUAUUGUCCAAACUCUUGAAAAUGGCCAAAGGAUAUGCAAAUCCCAAACAAUGACGUUGAAGUGCCCGAAUGAGUAUGAACUUGUUACUUCAGAUCGAACCCCAGAGUGCUUACCCUUAGGUGGACCCAGAAUACCAAUGAGUCCAUGUGAAGACACCUACAGCAUUAGUGACGAUGAUGGUGAGGUCCGGUGUGUUUUAUCUCCAUUAGGGACUGGUUGUUCCGAUGAGGAUCAAACUUCAAAUUGUGGGCGGAGUUUGGAGUCCCUAAAGAUGGCAUGUAACCCUCAGUGUUCUAACGGAGGUGUUUGUAAGGACGGGAACUGUGUCUGUCCGCCAGGGGUCACUGGAGUCGCAUGUCACCAAGAUGUAGACGAAUGUCAGUUGUUACCCAGGGGUCACUGUCAGUAUCACUGCCUCAACACUUUUGGAAGCUACCACUGUGUCUGUCCACCUGGCCGAGCAAUCAACUCAGACGGGCUCACAUGUAGCGAUAUCGAAUGCACUCCAGAAUGUCUUAAUGGCGGUCAUUGCCGAGCCGGAUCGUGUCACUGUCCUGCUGGAUUUAAAGGAAAAUUCUGCCAGACAGAUAUCGAUGAAUGUGCACGUCACUCAGGGUUGUGUGAACACCACUGUCGAAAUACACAUGGUGGGUACGCAUGCGUCUGCUCGCCCGGAAGUCGGCUUCGCCAGGACGGUAGAACGUGUGUCAAUACGACGUGUGUACCGGAGUGUAAAAAUGGAGGAGUGUGUAUUCAGUACAGAUGUCGGUGUCUAAAUGGUUAUCGGGGCAUCACAUGCCAAUUAGAUGUAAAUGAAUGUUUGGACUUACCUUGCAGUCAUAUCUGUACGAAUGUCCCCGGAAGUUACACUUGCGCAUGUCCAACCGGAUUUGAAUUGGGGAUUGACCGACACACAUGCUCAAAGUCGACUAUCAUUAGAGUGUAGAGAGACCAUCACAAAUUUGCGAUACUGACACUGGUUUGCUUAGAUUGCUAUAUAAGUUUAAUUGUCGAAUAUGGAUUUUAGCGUCAUAACCUACACAUCAACAGUCGCAAUUCCUGCACUAAGAACAGAAAGCUUUGUUAUUAACGUUGUCAAUUAAAGGUGCAAUAUUAA